AUGCCAUGGCAACAAGGCCACCAUCACCGCCAACUUGGCGCCCAGGCGACAACACCACCGCCACGGAACCACCAGCUUCUCUAUUUGGUCAUUGCCAAAAAACACUCCAUCUGGCUCAUCCCCAAGCUCUUCGACUAUCUCGUCGAAAAGACCCGCUUCUCCGAGUUCGAGGCCGACCAUCUAAAGGCCCCCGCCACCAAUAGCGACAACGAAUAUGAGGACGAGAUCAAAAAUAGUAUGUUUGUCUGUCUCAAAGGCAUUGCAGAAGAUACCCAGCGCCAGACCGGCGCCCAGGCUCUCUGGCAGCGCCGGAACACCGCAAACCCACUGCCGGCUGAAGAGUGCUGGAAAUGGCCCCAGCCUCCAUCUUUUGCCUGA